AUGGCUGUUAUCGCGGUUCUUUUACCAGUCCUGCUAAUUGUAAGAACAGAUCCUGAAUUACAAAUCGACAUCAUCAGUGAACUGGAUUUGGCUAACGCAACAUACGGAAUAACACAAGUCGCGGGUCUUCAUAAUAACAGCAAAGCCUUCUUAUUUCGAGAUACACAGAGAGCGGUCAACGCUCCAUCACACAUCACAGACAAGAUUCUGCAGCUCUUCAGGAGUAAAAGCGAGUUCACUUUCCUGGCCUCUGUUCAACAGAAGUCUUCAACAUCAGGAGUCCUGUUCUCCAUCCAUGAAUCCGAACACAGUUAUUUUGAGCUGGAGAGCAGUGGUCUUCGGGAAGAGAUCCGCUAUCACUAUCGCUUUAAUGGGAAGCCACGAUCUGAAUCCUUCCCUUACAGACUGGCCGACGGACAGUGGCAUAAAGUCGCUCUGACAGUCAGUGCCUCCCACCUACUGCUCCAUGUUGACUGCAACAGGAUAUAUGAAAGAGUGAUAGACCCUCCUCAGAUGAACCUGACCCCUGGCAGUGGAGUUUGGCUGGGCCAACACAGUCAUAGACACGGGCUUUUUAAGGGCACAAUGCAAGAUGUCAAAUUUAUUUUUUCUCCAAACGGGUAUAUAACACAGUGCCCCAACCUGAAUCGCACUUGCCCAACAUGUAGUGAUUUCCUGAGCCUUGUGCAAGGUAUUAUGGAUCUUCAAGAUCUGUUGGCUAAGAUGACUUUAAAGCUUAAUUAUGCUGAGUCUCGACUGAGCCAGUUGGAGGGUUGCCACUGUGAGCGAACCUGUAAUGUGAAUGACGUGGUGUACCGUGACAAGGAGCUCUGGGUGGAACCGGAGAACUGCAGGAACUGUGCCUGUAAGAAUGGUGUGGUGGAGUGCAGAAGAAUAUUCUGUCCCCCAACUAACUGCUCAGAGGACUGGUACCCUGUGCAUGUACAGGGAACGUGCUGCAAGAAAUGUAGACCCAAAUGUUUGUACAUGGGCCAAAGCUUCUCUGAAGGACAGCGUGUUUUGCUAAAGGGCUGCAAGGAAUGCAAGAAUGGUCUAAUGGUUAAAGUAACAGAGAGCUGCCCAAGCCUGAACUGCUCACUGACAGAACAGAUUCUGCCUGAGAACAGGUGUUGUAAUGUCUGCAAAGGGCAUGACUUUUGUGCAGAGGGAGUUGUUUGUGGAGAAAACUCUCUUUGCAAGAAUUAUGAAAGUAAAGCAGAGUGUGAAUGCAAGAGUGGCUUUGCUUCUGUCCAUGGAGAUUCCACUUACUGUGAAGAUAUAGAUGAGUGCUCCACACAGAUGCAUUACUGCCAGGCAAACACUGUUUGUGUGAACCUCCCUGGGGGCCAUCGCUGUGACUGCCUGCCAGGCUUCACCAGAGUGGACGACUUCUCUUGCACAGAGCAUGAUGAAUGUGCUAGUGGGCAGAAUUCCUGUGAUGAGAAUGCCAUCUGUACCAACACCAUAAGGGGCCACCUGUGCACCUGCAAGCCUGGCUAUGUGGGCAAUGGCACCAUCUGCAGAGCAUUCUGUGAGGAGGGAUGCCGUAGUGGAGGAACCUGUAUAUCACCCAACACUUGUCUCUGUCCCUCUGGUUUCACGGGACGCCUCUGUGAGACAGAUAUUGAUGAGUGUGCAGAGGGUCUCAUUCAGUGUCAGAACCACUCCCGCUGUGUCAACCUUCCCGGCUGGUACCACUGCCAGUGCAGAAGUGGUUUCCAUGACAAUGGCUCCUACUUCCUUGACGGGAGCUCCUGUGUGGAUAUUGACGAGUGUGUGACUCAGACACACACUUGUUGGAAUGACUCAGCAUGUGUGAACCUUCCUGGCGGAUUUGACUGUUUGUGCACUACUGGCCCAGCAUGCACUGGAGACUGUCCUCACGAGGAGGGACUCAAACGUAACGGCCAGGAAUGGAGCCUCAGCCAGGAUCGCUGCUCAGUCUGCUCCUGCAAGGAUGGCCGUGUGCUCUGCAGGAGGAGGGAGUGUGAUUGUAAUGACCCGGAGGCUGACCUAUUCUGCUGUCCGGAGUGUGAUAGUCGUCAGAGCAGUCAGUGUCUGCACCAGAGUGGACACAUGCUGUAUCGCAGUGGAGACUCCUGGAUCUACAACUGUCAGCAGUGCCGAUGCCUGGAGGGUGAGGUGGACUGUUGGCCCUUGGCAUGUCCGGUCCUGCCCUGUGAGUAUACGGCUGUGUUGGAGGGGGAGUGCUGCCCUCGCUGUGUAACAGAUCCCUGUCUGGCCGAUAAUGUGCCAUAUGACAUCAGACAGACCUGUCACGACCCCACAGGCAUCACACGUCUCAGCGGAGCAGUCUGGAGCAUGCCCACCGCGCCCUGCACCACCUGCAAAUGCAAGAACGGGAGCAUCUGCUGCUCUGUGGAGCUGGACUGCUUCCAGAACAACUAG